AUGGCUGAGAGGGACGUCAUUUCGUGGAAUACUAUUAUUGGAGUCUUUUCGGUGAAUGGUUUGUAUGAGGAGGCGUUUGUGUUUUUCAACAACAUGAAUUCGAGGUCUGGUACGAGGCCUAAUACGCUGAGUGUUAUUAGUGUUUUGCCGGUAUGCGUCGGGCUCGAGGAUGAAGUCAUGGCGUCUCAGAUUCAUGCUUACACAGUCAAGGUUGGGUUGGUUACAAAUGUGACUGUUGGGAACGCGUUGGUGGAUGCAUAUGCAAAGUGUGGGAAUGCAGUGGCUUCGAGGCAUUUCUUUGACGAGAUGGUUGAGAAGAAUGUAGUUUUGUGGAAUGAGAUCAUAAUGGGCUUUGCUUAUGGGGAGCGCAAUGUAGAUGCUUUUGAUCAUAGAUGGCAUCGAGAAGAAAACUGUGAAGUUGCAAGGAAGCGAGAAGGCAGUUGUUGCACGCCAUGA